AUGAGACUUGUGUCUCUUUCCAUUCUGAUCGCUACACUGUGGUCGGCUACUGUCAUUCCUUUACCAGCUUUACCCUUGUCAAAGAAAGAACUCUGUGCUAUCGACGUCGGCAAAGCGAACAAGACCUUGGCACUGUUGCGAGUUUCGCAGGAGGAGAUCCCACGAUAUAACGACAGUAGUCGGAGAAGGUAUCCUCGCAUCUUGUGUUUUGCAGUUACGUACUCGGUGCACCAUGAAACACGAGUUCGUGCGACAGCUGAAACGUGGGGCCAACGAUGUGACAAGCUACUCUUCUUCAGUAAUAUGAGCGACACGAUAGUCGUGGCUGCCAAUACAUCAGCAGAACGUCGUUUCAAAGUCGUACAGCUGGACAUUAUCGCUGACCACAAACACCUGUGGUUGCGUACAAGAGCCGCACUGACGUAUCUGCAUGAAAGCUUUCGUCAUGACUACGACUGGUUUUACAAGUGCGACGACGAUACCUAUAUGAUUGUAGAAAAUAUGCGAGCUUAUUUGAGGAGACCAGAGAUCCUGGAGCGUUUUCAUAGACAACCAAUGCAGCUGGGUCAUCGGCUUGACCUGCCGAAAAACCUUCUCGAAAGCUACGUUCAAAACAAAACGGAGCUGUCGUUGUGGUAUUCGCGUUAUGAUCGCAUGGUGUUCAAUUCAGGAGGUGCCGGCUACGUCAUGAACAGAUUAUACUUGGAUAAGAUUGUGGAAUCACUGCCCAAGUCGACUUGUUUGCCUGAAGGAGCGACCGUACCAAUAUGGGAGGACGUGGGUGUCUCUUUUUGUAUGACGCGGAACGAUGUUUACCCCUGGGAUACCCGAGAUCACCGAGGUCGCGAUCGUUGGCACACGUUAUCCCCCCAUAAUGUUUAUAUCGAAUACAAAGCUCCGAAUGAUUGGUACAUCAAGUACCACAAAACACUGGGAGGUUUGCGCCAUCACACUGAAAGCGUUGCACCGGACAGCGUAGCGUUUCAUUACAUCAACCCACAAGCGAUGUACCAUCUUGAACGCAUCCUCUAUCUGUGUCGAUCCGAGCACGAUGAUGUAUCAAGUUAUAACACGAAAUUUGGGUUAGCAAUAGGAGACAAGGUGAUGGUUGUGGAAGCAUCAUAA